ACGUAAAUAGAAACACAAUUAUCUGCUUUUUCAAAUAAAACGAAAAAAGUGUUUUAAAUAAACGGAAUACUUAAUCACACGCAGAAUGGCAUCUGCGUAUGGGUUCCUCUCCACUCCAGCGAAGUUAGAGAAACAAUGGCCUCCUCGCAUCUGGUUUCCCAAGGUACAGUUAACUCGAUUAUGAUGAGUCGUUUCCCUGCCUCUGACCACAGCACGAUGUCAGGCCUUAGGCAACCUAAGCUACAUGAAUGGAGUGUUUACCAUUCCAGUCACCCAGAUGUUGCAAGGAAUGGUUGGAGGAAGUGGAGUGGGGAGCAACCAGACUGGUAUGCCUGGAAGUCUACCUCUACAAGUCCAGACUGGUAUCGCCGUAGGGUGAAUACGAUACGUCGAGCUGACUACAAGAACAUAAACUGGGUUUAUGAGUAUCCUUCGAAGCCCACGAGCCGCGUUAACGAUGAUUUCAUCUCAGUGACGAACGAAGUGAUACAGAAUGACACUUUGAAACCCAUAGCUCCCAACAGGGCCUACAUUGGCUGUAACACCUUCCCGACCCCGGAUCCGAUACCAAAAGAAAUACCAGUCCCCAAAUGGGGCCUCUACAAUCCUCCUAGCUAUGAGGAGCCAAUCCGCUAUGACCAUUUCCCACCGAUAAAAUACAAUGGUUAUAAAUAGGUACAAGUGUGUUUUUGUAGGGGAAAUGUCAGAAAGGCUGUUUGGAUUUUAGUUUUUAAUCAUUCAUAAUUUUUGAAUAAUGAUAGUUGUAAUUGUUUAUAAACAAUUAAGUUUGCAAUGAUUAUUUCUUUAUAACUUAAACGAUGUGGUUUAUUAUGAACACUGUAUGAAGUUUGCAGAUACAAGUAUAGUCAAGAUCCUUAUGUUGUUGAUUUCUUUUAUUAUUGAUAUAAAUUCUGGUAAACCUUUAUGGACAAAGGUGAAUAAAAGAUGUUAAUUUAA